AUUUAAAUUAUGGGGAAGUGGUACGGCACAGAAGUGAAGACUUUUCGGUUAUGGAGGUCAUGAUUCAUUCAUCUACCUUCCUCCUUCCUACAAUCCCAGCCGACACUCGUCCUUCUCUAACCUACGCACUUAUCGUCCUUAAUCAACGCCUUCCCAGAUUUGCUCCCCUUCUUUGGGACCGCGCACAACUGCGUUUGUGUGCUGAUGGAGGCGCUAACCGUGUGUACGACGAAUUCCCUCAAUUCUUUCCUCAUGAAGAUGCUUCUCAUGUUCGAAACAGGUACAAGCCAGACCUCAUUAAAGGAGACAUGGAUUCAAUUCGAAAAGAAGUACUGGAGUUUUAUGCAAGCUUGGGAACCAAGGUAAUUGAUGAGUCUCAUGAUCAGGACACCACAGAUCUACAUAAAUGUGUAGCGUACAUUCGGGACUUCACACCAAACUUGGAGAAGUCUAAUCUCUGCAUUCUUGUUGCGGGUGCACUUGGUGGAAGGUUUGACCAUGAGGCUGGAAACAUCAAUGUUCUUUAUCGAUUCUCAACCAUGCGCAUAAUCCUUUUAUCUGAUGAUUGCCUUAUCCACCUUCUUCCAAAAACUCACCACCAUGAGAUCUACAUCCAAUCGUCUGUUGAGGGUUCACAUUGUGGACUCAUUCCGAUCGGAAUGCCGUCUGGGAGAACUUCAACAACUGGGCUGCAAUGGGAUCUUGAUGAUACAGAGAUGAGGUUCGGCGGUUUAGUAAGUACAUCAAAUAUUGCCAAGGGGGAGAAAAUAACUGUGACAUCUGACUCUGAUCUUCUCUGGACAAUCUCAAUUAAGAAGUAAAAAAGGGUUAUCGCCUACAAGGUCUGCAAGCGUAAAGGUUGGCCAGGAUGUGAAUUGCUGUGGCCUUGUGGAGUUCAGAUGAUUGAUUCUUCCCUAUGUCAUAUUUCUAAAAUUAAAAGCAUAAAUUAACUGUAAAGUCCAGGUUAAGGUGCCAAUUAGAUUAUUUUUCAAUUGUGCAAGUAAGGUGACAAAUUUUUUUAACUCUUUUAAGAGUGAUAUAAUAAAUUUAAGAACUGAUUUUGGUGCAAAUGUUGCAUAGGA